GGAGCUGCAGGAGUAGAUUCAGUGGACGGCCGCCAGUGUUGAAGUGGUUGUCAGGGAUGGAGGGACGUCGGUUACUGCUCCUUCCCUUCCUUGUCGGUCUCUUAGUUGACCGGGGUUGUCUCGCGGCGGUAAAGGAUCAACAACCUCAUGCCGCGGCCGCCGAGAGAGACCAGACUCCAGAAGGGUCGUCAUGGAUACCCUACGGCUGGGACAUCGCUGGCAUGGGUCACCGCUACGAGGCUGUGCUGCCCUUGGCUCGUCCACGGCGGCGCCACUUCAGCGACGAGCCCGAGCUGCUGUAUGCCGUGUACGAGUCUCGCCCUGUGCUGGCCAAGGAGGGGCUGACGGACGAGGAGGCGGCGUGGGUGCCUGACGCGGCGCCGCUACGAACCAUCAAGGAACACUACGCUUCGGGGUCACGUGACUUCGACCACCACUUCGGGAUGUCGCCACGAACCCCGAUCACAUACACGGCCCCGCACACCACGCCGCCACUCCUCUACACCGAGGCUCCCACACACGACCCCACGCCAUAUACAGAUGCUACCACACCUUACACAGAGGCGCCCACGCCGUACACAAAGGCGCCCACGCCGUACACAGAGGCACCCACGCCCCACACAACGGCCCCGAAGCCUCACACGCCUCCUCAAGCGCCACCGCUCCCACAACAACCUGAGUACGCUCUUCCCCUGCAGCGGCGCCCUCGUAAAUAUUACCUUACAGGCGCUGGGCAGAACACUCACAAGGCACCGCCUCGCCCCAGCCACUUCGGUUUCAGAAAAUACUACAUUGACCCUGCCACCAAAGGGGCCUUGGAGGGGCCGCCCUACCCUACCCUCUUCCCCGCCCACCCGCCACCCACCUACCCUCACCCCCGCCCUCCACCUACCAUCAGGCAGUAUUUCCUCCAGAAGCCAGGAGACAAGGAGCCCCCAGUCACCAAUCUCACGCCCUUCGAAGUGUACGACAAGCUUCGCAAGACGCGGAUGGUGGACACUGGGACGCACGGCCGGACAGUCCCCGGCGCCCCCACGUCCUGGGUGUCCUUCAGCUCCUCCUCCGGGGCGCCGUGACUCCCUCGUUUUGUUACUAAAAUGUUGUUUUGGGUGCUGUUAUUGUUUUUUGUAUUUUUGAAUAAAAAAAUGUAUAUUAACCCUGUUUGCAUCUAACUGCCUACCUUGCUGUAACAAAAGACUUGUAAAACAGAAAAAAAAAGUAUUAGAAAACGUGGAGGUUCCAGAUGUAUUGUCAAAGACAUUAAGUAGAAUUCAUCCUUUUCUGGGAGCAUUGG